AUGCGCGGGGCGCUCCGCGGCACGCGGCGGCUGCUGGCACUCGCCCUGGCCGCGGCGGCAGCCGCCCGCGCCUCGGCGGCCUGGCGGGCGAGCGCGCCGGAGGCGCUGCCGCCGGAGGUCGCCGCCCAACGCGCGGGCAACUCGCUGGCCGACUCGGUGCUCGGACUGCAGUUUCAGCACGAGGUGAUCAAUGGGGAAGCGGAGGAACAAGGUGAUGUGGUGCACGACAGGCUCGAGCACUUCCGAGGUACGCGCGAUCGGACGUUCCAUGAGCGGGCCAGUGAUGGGUUGCCGAACUACGACGGGGACAUCGUGGGCGACGCCCUCUUCGAGCACCUCCGUGGUCUGACGAUCAACGAGCGCAAGGCGGCCGAUCGUUCUCUCCAGGCGAGGCAUAACACCGUCUUGCCGAGCGACCUCCUCGGGACUUCGCACCACCUCGCACCCAUUGUCCCCCAGCUGGGCCGCAACAAAUUUGCUCGGAUCAGCGGCGCGUCGGCGGAAGAGGCGGCGAGGUUGGUGAGCCUCAGCCUGAGCUUGCUGAGACACAGCUUUUUCCGCGCGUUCAGGAGGCUGGGCGGGAACCAGGCGCCGGUCAGUGACGUGCCACCAGCACUGAAGCAGCUCUAUAAUCGGGCGAGCAAGGGACACUCAAUCCGGGCGGCGCUGCCUAAGAUUCAGCACGCGCGCAGCGAGCGCCGCUGCCGCGAGAUACACGCGUCUUUCAUUACUUUGCUCGACGAGUCCGCCAUAUUCCUGUCCGCGAACGGCGCGCUCGCCUUGCCGCAGCAGGCUCUUGAGGGGGCACCGCAGCACCGCCGCGUCAAUUUCCUCCCUUCGAGGUGCGCUGGCCACCAGGAAUGGGUCAGAGGCAGAGACAUGACCGACGUGCCCCCAAUGAGCCUCCGCAAGAAGUCCAUGCACAAUGAUAUCGACGAGCGUUGGCAGCCCGCGGAUUGGCCGCCCGCGGGGGGCGAGGCAUCCGUCACCAUCACCCACGACUGCGCCGUGGACCGGUCUGCGCAGACGGCCAUCCCGAACAUCGAGUCAGCCUACGGCGCGCCCACGGUCUACGCGGACGACUUCGACGGAAAAGGGCAGCUCCGUGGGCCGUCAACGGCGGCCCCUGCCGCCGCCCCGCAGCCCCGGCGCAAUCUGACGCGGGGCGAGAGGGAGCUCGCCCAGCUGCUGCAGGGGCACCUGGCGGGGCCGCGCGAGGUGGACGCGAGGUGGGAGGCGCCCCCCCGCCGCGACGCCGGCGGCCGCGCCUGCUGCCUGCCCUGCCCCGGCGCGGGCCGCGGCGCCGGGCCCCAGGCGGCGGGCGCCGGCGCGGAGCCCGCGAGGUCGCGGUGCGAGCCCGCGGAUGCCGCCUUGUGCCUGGGCGGGGUGGUCGCCCUGCUGCUGCGCGAGGCGGACCACGCGCUGGCCUUCGUGCGCGGCCGCCUGGACGACGUGCUGGACGCCGCCGCCGAGCUGUCGGGGGCGGACGAGGGGAGCACCACCUGCCCCCGCUCGCCGGGCACGUGCUGGCCUCGGCCCAGGCGCUGGACGCCGUGCUGGGGCUGCACCUGGGGCUGCUGGAGCGGGCCGACUUCGACCCGCAGCUGGGGGCCUGCCUGGCGACGCCGCUCGGGGCCAAGGCCCGGGGGGACGGGGCUCCAGUUGGGCCUGCCCCUCUACAGGAGGCAUGAUCAAAAAUAG